AUGAACAACGAUUAAAGUUAAGACAAGUCUUAUGAGUUUAAGAUUGAUUAAGAUUUACCAAAAUUUUAAAAUCUUCCAAUGAAUGAAUAUUAUAUGACUGAUUUUCGAGAGGCAUUGUAAAGUGGUUUAAGAGAGGUGGCUAUAUAAAAGUAUGAAAGAAUAGUAUGAUAAGGCCAUAAAAUGCAGUGAGGUUUUUGGGUGAAUAUUUAUUGUCUUACAAAGGGAAAAAAUGA